ACGACGAAAAAGAUAGAGGGGGAGAGAGAGAGAGAGAGGUGACCUUCUUCGCCUCCGCCAUGGCGGCCGGAAUGCGACUCCCAGUUCCUUCUUCCAUCCUUCUGUUGCUUUACUUCACGAUAGCGUCCGGGUUCGCGUCCGCCACGUCUAACGAGAUCCAUAGAGGAUUCUCCGCCGCCCACGACCCUUCCUCCUACUCCCAGUUCCAGCCCCUUCUGGCCGAUCCCACCGGCGUCUUCGCCCUCGGCUUCCUCCGCACCGAGCUUUCGAAUCUCAACCUCGCCGUCCUCCACGUUUCCUCCUCCUCGGCGCUCUGGCGCGCUUCCGUGUCGCGGCGCGUACGCUGGGACGCCUCCGUUUCUCUAUCUUUCAACGGAUGCCUCGUCUUGUCCGACGACGAAACAGGGGUGCUCUGGUCGACUGCUCCGGUGGAUUCCGGAGACUGGGUGGUUCUCCUCAACUCGUCGAAUAUCCAGGUGCAGAAGCAGUUGGCGGAAUCCGUCGUGGUUCUUUGGCAGAGCUUCGAUUUUCCCUCCGACACACUCGUCCAAGGUCAAAACUUUUCCUCAGUUAGCGAUCUUUCCUCUAGGGAUCGAAGGUUCUCGAUGAAAUUGGGGGAGAGCUACUUCGCUCUUUACAUGGAUUUACCCGGUGGAGCGCCGCCGAUUAUGUACUGGAAACACAGCGUCUUGGAAGCCAAGGCUCAGAUCGUCCCUGGCGGGGGAGCGAUUUACGCGCGGGUGGGCGAGGGGUUUUUAGGGAUGUACCAAACCGAGACGGCCCCCGUCGACGUGCUCCCCUUCAACACCUUCAAUCGGCGAAUCACCGGGCUGCGCCGCCUGACUCUGGAAUCCGACGGCAACCUCCGCGCUUACUACUGGAACGGCUCCAUCUGGAAUGAGGAUCUCCGGGCGAUCGCCGACCACUGCGAGAUCCCCACAUCCUGCGGCGCCUAUGGGCUCUGCAACUCGGCCGAUGGCGGCUGCCUAAGGGAGGAGGGAGAAUGCCCGCCGGCCGUCGCCGGUGACUUUUGCGCCACCGGAUCGAAUGUGUUCGGCGUCCUGAGAAGGCAGGGCGUCGACCUGGCGAACGACGAACUGACACCGCAUCGAAAAGUGGCGUCUUUGGAGCAGUGCGAAGACUCUUGCGAGCGGAACUGCAGUUGCUGGGGCGCAAUCUACCACAACGUGUCGGGGUACUGCUAUCGACUGGACUACCCGAUCACUCUAGUGGCGGCGAACGAGAGGAAGGUGGGGUAUUUCAAGGUGAGGGUGAGCGGCAGCGGCCGAAGGACAGUGAAGAAGGCGAUGCUGGCGGUGGGUGGCGUUUUGUUCGCAGGAGCGGUGGCGGUUGCUGGAUACAGUGUGUGUAAGCGGCGGCGAGGGCGGAGGCCGGUGGCGUACACGGAUCUCAAUUCGGCAUCGUCUCAAUUGAUUGAGCUCUCCAGCACGUCCAACAAUGGCGAACAAGAAUCUCAAUUCGGUUAGGACACACUGUUUGGAAAUGGCUUUAGUUUUUUUUCCCAUUUUAGAUUAUUUUUAUUCCUAUUAAAAGUAAGCAAAAUAUAAAUAUUAUAUUAAAAAGUUGAAAGAUAGUUGUAAAAAAUAUGUAUAGUAUGUUCACUGUAAGCCACCGCGAGAGGCAGCUGCAAGCUUGCGGCGACCUAGUUGCAACUAUGCUCUAGAUCAUACGAGGACAGAG